CCUCCCGCGGGGGAGGCCCGAUGCGCAUGCGCGCGAGCGGAGGGAGGAGGCGCGUGUUUGUAGUUUGAGUUUAGUUGAGAGUCCGACUGAGACAAGAUUGAUACAGUUUAUAUUCAACUAAAAGAGCAGUCUGCUUAUUGUCUGCCGUAAGACAGGCAGACAGACAGACAGACAGACAGACUUCCAGGCGGACACACGGGCAAGUCGCAUCGCUCCAAGCCGGCAAAAGAGCCUCACCGCCGGCAUGAAGGUGGAGUUCGCCCCGCUGAACAUCCCGCUGCGGAGGAGGCUGCAGACCGCCGCCACGCUGCAGUGGGUCUUCUCCUUCCUGGCUUUAGCGCAGUGCUGUCUUGCUGCCUUCGUGCUCUUGGCUCUCUCUGAUUGGUGGAUUGUGGCCCUGCUGUAUGCUGGUUGGCUGUGGCUGGACUGGGACACGCCCACCUGCGGGGGUCGGAGGUCACAGUGGGUCAGGAGUUGGAGCGUCUGGGACUUCUUUAAGGACUACUUCCCUUUGACGCUGGUUAAAACAGUCGAUCUGGAUCCAAAGAAAAACUACAUCUUCGGAUUCCAUCCACAUGGCUUGGUGUCAAGCUGUAAAUCCAGCCUGUCUCACCUCGCCAGCCGACCUGGCGGAGGUAACGUUGCUGUCAUCGCAGUGGGCGGAGCUCCAGAGGCUCUGGACGCUCGACCAGGAGCUCUAACACUUCAGGUUCUCAACAGGAAGGGAUUCAUCAAAAUGGCUCUCAAACAUGGAGCUCAGUUGGUUCCAGUCUUUUCUUUCGGAGAAAACGAGUUGUUUGAUCAGAUGGAGAAUCCUUCCGGCUCUCCUCUGAGGAAGCUGCAGAAUGGGUUGCAAAGCAUCAUGGGAGUAGCGAUGCCGCUGUUUCACGCCAGAGGAGUUUUCCAGUACAGCUUUGGACUGAUACCGUACAGGAAGCCCAUCCACACCGUCGUGGGGAAGCCGAUCGCGGUGGUCCAGACUCCGAGUCCCAGCAGCGAGGACAUAGAGAUGCUUCAUAGACUUUACAUGCAGAAUCUCACGGAGCUCUUCGAACAGCACAAACGCAACUAUGGUGUUAGUGACGAACAGCACCUGACCUUCAUAUGACCUUUAAACAAAGCACAUGACCUCCUCAUUACCUUAAUACAAACCUUAAUAUGACCUUUUAUAUAUUUCUGUCUAAUGAUGUGACAGAUGUUGUGCAGAUAUCUGGUGUGACAUUACAAUAAAGAUAUGAGAGAUAUUUAAA